AUGUGUGCCACUUGGAAUCUACGCUCUUUGCUCUUACCCAUAUGCCAUAAUCUAGCCCGCUCCAAAUAUAUUCUUGGCACAACAGUGUUGGCUUUCGCUAUUUGGGCAGGCUAUUAUGGGUUAGGGAUCAUAUUGAGAGAUGUCAGCCAACAUCAGGAUGAUCCGACUGGGAUCUACCUAAUACCUUCUCGAGUAACACAUAGAAGAAAAAGGCCUAAGAAACAUAGCUUUUCUUACUCUUAUUUAACUGUUGGUAUACCCGUGGGGUAUAGAGGGAGUGUCGAUGGCAUGAUCUCCGUUGAUGAACCAGACAUCCCCAUAGCCUGGCCAUCUGGUAUUUGGCGCAUGAACAAUUGGUUCCGCGUGGACGCAAGAGAUUAUCUGGAAAGAAGCAGUCAUGAACUCGGACUUCGCGGUAAACUGGAUAAUUAUCUUGAAUCUCAGGGCGCGAACCCGGCCAGCUAUCCGUCUGCUUUUCUCGUUACCGCGCCAAAAUUUCUAGGAUAUCAGUUCAACCCAGUCUCGUUCUGGUACUUGUAUUCUCCUGAUAAAAUUCUCUCCGCUAUCGUACUAGAGGUGAAUAAUACUUUUGGCGAGCGACGACCAUACCUGGUCUUGCGUGACACCUCAGAAGACGCUACUCGGAUUUCUGCCCCUGGGACUAUCCAUUCAAACCCUUCUGAUACGCAAAUAAAAGCUUCAUGGAAAAAGGACUUCCAUGUUUCUCCGUUCAACUCUCGUAAUGGAUCUUAUUCCUUGUUGGCCAAGGAUCCAUUCGAAAAUAGUAUGAGAAACUUCUGUGGAGUAGACAUCACCAUCAACCUCACUUCAUCCCAAGGGCAGUCUAAGCUUUUCGCUCAAUUGCGCUCUGAGGGCGAAGCCAUCAUAGCUUCGCAGAUGAGCCUACUGGAAAGGAUAAAAUUCAUUUUCUCAUGGUUUUGGGUCGGAUUUUUAACGUUCCCCAGAAUCGUCAAAGAAGCAGGUUCCUUAUUCUUUUCUCAUCAGCUUCAUGUUUGGUACCGACCAGAGCCUUUGAAAGAUAGCCUUGGUAGGCUGGCGAAUGGCAAUGAGAGGAGGCUGGAGCCAAUUUUUCGCCAAUAUCUACGUUUUCUUGUCGAAAAAUCGCCAAAUCCAUUAAUGGUGACAUACGUACCGAGCGGAAUCCUUGAAAGUGGAGAAGAAACGUUCAUUUCCUCAAAAGCGUCAUGUCAAUCAGAGCAAGCACAACACUUGAAGAUCCGUAUUCUGACGCCUGUCUUCUACUCUCGAUUUGUUCAUUUCGCCCAUGACUUCGAAGCUAUAUUCGGCGAAAUGGCUGAAAACCACACCAUCUGGGUUGAUAAGCCUGAGAUAUUACCCAAACUUUUUUUGAAGCAACAGUCUCCGCCACUGCAAGUAUCGAGUUUCGUGGACUUUAUGUAUUUCAAGCUGAUCCAAAAGUUGCGACGUUGUCCAGCAAGGAUUGUGCGCCCAAUGACUUCGGCCGACAUAGCUAAGCCCACAAUCAGCGCAGAAGACGUUCGAAGCUUUCGAAUAUCCCCUAUGGACGCAUUUGUUCUUGGGCACUCUAGUAAGGAAACUCGAGGCUCAUACCGGUCUCUACUGGUCCGAAUAUUCGUAGCCGACUGGCUUUUCCUUGGAAUGACCGAGAUUGUCUACACAUUGGAAUUGAUCGGGCGUUUUGGCGUGGCCUGGUGGUUGGCAUCUUUCUUCUCAGCGCCGAAGGAUCUCACUACUCGCACUUAG